AUGGACGAGUUAAUGGAAGCUAGCGGAUUGGAAAUCCCGGCGGUGGUGAGCGAGCUGGUGGAAGCGGAAACCACCUUAUCUCCUUCCGUUACAGAUCCUGAUCGUAUGGACUUUUGCGACCGAGAUCAUAUAUACGGAUGCCCUUUGGGAUGGCUUCCCAAAAAGAGUAAUCCGGUGAAGGUAAGCGACUGUGUCCCUCCAGUGGAUCAGUUGCUGGCCAGUGAACAGCUCGUAAAGCAGCUACCCGAGGACCCUAUGCUGGAGGGUCAGAAACAGCCUUGCGUGGUGACCAGGUGUGCCACUGAUGACGUCAGAUACCCGUUAUAUACUCAGCCUUGUCCGGAGAACUGGACGUUCGACGGGUCAACAUGCACAAGUCCCGGCGAAUAUGACGGCCCUUGCAUAGGCAGUUUCUCUUUCCCGUCCAUCACGACCAAAGAAACAUUCGCCGUCGUCUGCAAUGCCCCCUGGUCAUGUGAAUGGCUCCCUCCUUGUGAGUCUUGCCCCUGGAGAUAUACUGCGAAAGACGGCAUCUGCAAAACUCCACGACUGGGCGAGACAUUGGGUAGGGAGACGGCGGCGAGUGACGAGUCGGCAGUGGACGCGCGUUGCGACCAAAUCGACAGCUCAGCAACGAGACAAGAACGCGAAGACUUCCAGUCCGUCUGCGGUCCGCUGGCCUUCGUCUGUGUCUCUCGAGAUGAUUGUAAACGGGACUACAGCAGCUGCCCAAUGGGCUCACUCACGCUUGGUCCUCAUGUGUGCUUCUUCAAUGACCCUGUUGCUGACGAGUCGGGGUGCCCACGAGUUCUCGAUCUUCUGGAACUAGACCAAACUACCAAGGCAAACCUUGCUGCACGGUGUGGCCUAACGUUCCCCUGUCUCCGGGACACCACCAAAGACGAAGAGAUUCUCAAAGCUAACGGAAUCUCCGAAACAUCCAACACCCCCGCAAUCCCAUACGGGCCGAGGAAAUGGCGCCAGACCUCGCAGGCAGUCCUCAGCCAAGAAUAG